AGAAUUUCAAACUUUCAAAACUUGUCUGAACUCUGCAGCAAAGAAGAGAUCAAUUAGAAUCUAAUGAUUAAAUUUAUCGUGCUAAAUACGCACCCGUAUAGAAAAUUCAUUGCAUAAUUUUAGUUAUAGUCUAGUCAGAAAAUGGGCGACACUCCAGUUUUUCUCCAUUUAACAAUUGGUCUACUCAUUAGACUUGCAGCAACAUUGUACAGUGUUUACCACGACGCUACUAAUUUAGUAAAAUAUACAGACAUUGACUAUUCUGUGUUCACGGAUGGAGCUUCAUAUGUCAUCCGAGGAGAUUCGCCUUAUCGAAGAGAGACUUAUCGUUACACACCGCUCCUCGCUUGGGUUUUAACACCUAACUUGACAGUGUCACCUUGCUAUGGGAAAAUCCUCUUUAGUCUGUUCGACAUAUUAACAUCAUAUCUAAUCUAUAGCUUGUGUCUGAUCGAAAGUGCCGGAAACAAGGCUCUGAGUCGAAGAUGUAGCUAUUUAUGGAUAUACAACCCCUUACCGAUUGUAAUUUGCAGUCGUGGAAGCUCAGAAUCCAUCAUAUUAUCUCUCGUGUUGGCCACCUUGUUUCUUGCAAAGAAAAAGGCUACGGGACUGGCAGGAAUCGUUUAUGGAUUUUCAGUCCACUUCAAACUCUAUCCUAUCGCCUAUUGUCUUCCCCUCUACCUCUGCACGACUCAAGGAUUGGACACGGCUAAGCUGAAACAUUUACCGCUUUGGAAAAACAUCUUGUCCAUAACAUCACACAGAAUUCGACUCGUGGUGGGAUCCGUCUUAGGAUUCUUUAUCCCGACUCUGAUUUGCUACUAUUAUUAUGGAGAUGAGUUUUUACAAGAAUCAUAUUAUUACCACCUCACCAGGAAAGACAUCCGACACAACUUUUCUACAUAUUUCUACAUGUUGUACUUAAAUUGGAACACGGCUGGAAUUCUUGGCACGAUUCUUAGCAUUCUCACCUUCGCACCGCAAGUAAUUUUGUUAAUAACGGCAGCCGUACUCUUUCGAAAUGCGGGGGACUUGUGCUUCACAAUAUUCGUUCAGACCUACUGUUUCGUCAUCUUCAACAAAGUCUGCACUUCCCAAUAUUUCUUGUGGUAUUUAAGCCUACUUCCAGUCGUUUACUGUAAAUUACAAAUCAAAAUUUCAAAUGCACUGAUUUUGUUGUUUGUAUGGUACUUUGCUCAAGUUGCGUGGCUCUUGCCAGCAUUCUUUCUAGAAUUUGAGGGUCGUAAUGCCUUCAUGUAUGUCUGGCUAGAGUCAAUUGCAUUCUUUUGUGCCAAUGUUGGAAUUUUGGUUCAGAUCAUUAAGAAUUAUAGUCCGUAAUAUGUAGUUAAUUAGUUGUGUAGCGAGUAGCAGGUGAUGAGUCAUUACUGUUAUUAAUAGAGUAUUAGUUGCAAUAGAAUGUUUGUACAGUAAUAAAUAACACCAGUGAAAGUACUCAAUAAAAGUUGCAAUAAAAUAUUGA